UUGCACUGUUUUUGUUAGUUGUAUAUCAUGAAAUUUUAGUUAGGGAAAUGGAGGCGGCGUUGAGUCAGUUUUCUAACUCAAACUACAGGACUCGAUGCGAGUUUCUAGAUAAUUUAAUAUUGAACUGUGGGCUUCCAGAGUUGAGUUAUCUUCAUGGGCUUCUGCAAACUCUAAUUCGAGUAGAUUUCAUUACACUGCUGCCUUUUGAGGUGCGUGAGACAGUUUUUGAUUUCCUAGACGCAAAAUCUAUCUACAAAUGCAAGCUAGUCAGCAGAACAUGGAAUUCAACUGUUCACGAAAGUCCUUCAGCGCACAUAGUUUUAAUGAAAGGUUUAGGUGCAAAUUUGAUAUGGUCGCAAUAUUCACGCAAUUUACAAACAGUCAAAGCAGCAUACGAAGAUGUAAUAGAAGCCCAUUUUAGUCUAGCAAGUAGCUGCGGGAUCUCGAAAAGAAGUAUCGAAGGUCAUGCGGACAGAGUUUGUGCCCUUCAUUACGCAAAUGGAAUGCUUAGCUCAUGCAGCUAUGACGGGACAGCUCGCAUUGCUAACUUGAAAAGUGGAGGAUCGUUCGAACGGCUGAUUGAAUGCGCUCCAAGUGCGUCUAUUAAAACGAUUGAUAGUGGCCUUAUUUCUGCCCAGUUUAAUGGUGAUCUCAGAUUUCAUGCGUUUGGGGAUAACCGAGCAAAUUUAGUCUUCCGAGCCCAUACAGGAGCAGUCAACUGCUUCGAUAUUUCCGAGCGGAAAAAUCUGCUGGUCAGUGGAGGAGCAGAUUGGAAAUUGAUCACGUGGCGUUUUGCACACGGGGAGCUCAUCAAAGUUUUUUCGAGCCAUUCCGCAGCUGUGGUUGAAUUGAAGCUAGAAGAAGUUGUUGAAACCAAUCGAGCAUAUGCAUCUCAAGGUACAUUUGUUCUUUUCUCUAAAGAUCGAAAUGUGUGCCAAGUUGGGCGUCUUGAAGAACCGUUUGACAAUCUGGUUGUUUUGAAAACUCUUCGUUCAAUCGAUGGGCACACAUACAAGAAUGGAAUGGUCAUCAAUGGCAGAUAUCUGGUACUAAAUACGAGGCUAAAAGUGCAUCUCUGGUGCAAGCAAACUUUUGAUCUGGCUCAUACGGUCUCGUGCGAACACUUGCUAAUCCCAGACCUGCUUGGUUGGGGUUCCGUAUUUGGCUUGAUGGUUGAUCUGUUUGGGCUUCAUGUGGUAAGAUCGGAAUCGGGAAUGCUCGUCUAUUCGCUGUCAGUCACAAAUCUGAGAAAACUUGAUCGAACUUACACGAGGUUCAUAGCGGGAGAGGUCGAAUGGCUUGAUGGAUUCACGGGCAGCAAUUCAAGUCUAAUGUUGUACGCAUGUGCAAUGAAUAACUCAUUCAGCAUAGAAGUCACUUCUUGGCUUCCAGAUAAGAAAAAGCGAAUAGCGAUCACAAACGAAGACUCGCAAUUAGUUUUAGCCUAAAUAUAACUCAGAAAUAACCUCAUAUGGCAUUAAAAGUAGAAGUUAUUCUAAAUUAGAUUUGAAAAUCAGCUAGAGUUUUUAUUGUAGCAUAAAAGUAUGCUUCAAACGAACCUUCGUAUGUAAUACGAAUUAGCGCUUUUAUGAUUUCGAUUUUCUUAAUGUAAAAACCACGCAAUUAGGAAUUGCUUAAUAGCAUAGUGGUGAUAUAGAAAGAAUCCUUUUGGUUUAUUAAUCAAAGCUUGGUGCUGUAUAUGUUUCAAAUUAACUUUUUCUAUCGUAGUAACUUUAGUACACACUAGAAUUGAAUUCACAAAUUG